AUGCGUAGCAGCUCGCAGACGUUCACGUCCUCCGUAGCGCGUCUUGCGCGGAGCACAAUCGACCAAGUUGGCACCGCCAUCGUCGGCAUGCUACUAGCCUCCGUCUGCACUCUCAUGAUUUUCUGCCUAUCGCCCAGGCGUGCCCUAGUCUACUUUAUACGCAGUCUGAUCAUACCAGCGCUGCCCGAUCAGUACAAGUAUGCGGUGGCCAUCGUCGAACUCCCGACCUUGGUGUGGAUCGUCUUGGCCAUUCUAUUCUGCACUUGGGCUCCGUUUGUCUGCGGUCGGGAUCGCUUCUCGGGUCGAGGAAUCGGUCUCGCGACACGGGCACUACUCUACGUUUCCGCUACAGCGUCUGGCGCGUUGAUCACCCUCGCGUGCGCCCACUACGCGAUCGUCCUCAUGGCCGGCGACCCCGCUUCGCUGCGCUUCGUACAAGAAGCCAGUCCUCUCACUCUGUUCACUCUGGGCAACUUCAUGCUUGUCUCGCAAGUGGCUUCCUUUGCGUCAUGGGAAGACUUUGUGAAAUCCUGCGUUGCUGUCCCGGGUGGCGACAUCGUGAUGUUCGAGGCUGGAAACCAGAGUGCAGAAAGAAAAGAGCUCCGUGCCUCGAGUCACGGUAACACGACCCAGGAGGCCCAUCUUCGAAACCAAAAAGACAAGACUACGUUGUGA